AAGUUUGUGGGAUUUAAUCGCGGGCUAUAAAUGGGGCUGCUGGAACUUUAAAAGGCAGCAAGCUGUGGUUGGCUGGUAGCGAGAUUUGGAGUAACAUAUGGCAUUAAAAGGCGCACAGCUGGAGGUAGCAUUUCCAUCGCAGUGAAGUCAGAGCAGCUGACUCUCCAGCUUGCGGUGUAAUUAGCAAACCGAGCACUCCUCCUUCCCUCCCUCCCUCCCGCCUGCCUCCCUCCCUUCCCUCCCUCUCCCCCCUCCCGCCGCGCCUCGCUCGCACUCGCGCACGCACCCGCGCCCGUGCUGCCCGCCCGGCUCCGCGCCCGCGGCCGGCCCCGCCGCGCCCCGCGGGAAGGUUAUGAAGGAAGAAUGGAGUUUCCAGACCAUAGCCGCCAGUUGCUGCAGUGUCUGAGUCAGCAGCGUCACCAGGGCUUCCUGUGUGACUGUACUGUUUUAGUUGGAGAAGCUCAAUUCAGAGCUCACAGAGCCGUUCUUGCCUCUUGCAGUAUGUACUUCCAUCUUUUCUACAGGGACCAGUUAGACAAAAGGGAUAUUGUGCAUCUGAACAGUGACAUUGUCACGGCCCCUGCCUUCAGCCUGCUGCUCGAAUUCAUGUACGAGGGAAAGCUGGAAUUCAACAGUCUCCCGGUCGAAGAUGUGCUGGCUGCAGCUAGCUACCUUCACAUGUAUGACAUUGUGAAAGUCUGCAAGGGCAAGUUGAAAGAUAAAGAAUUAUGUUUGGAAGAGAAGAUUAAUGAUGAAGCGGCUGGUUUGGAGAAAGCGGAGCAUUUUCUAGAUGCCGGAGUGCCCCUGGUCCACGAGUUUGACCCAGGAAACAAACAAAAAUUCAGCGUUGCAGAAUACGAGAGAGCAGCAGGCAAAGAAAAGGUCAGCAGUCACCCCGCCUGGUCCUCUGAUCAUAUAAGUGUCAGCUCUGUGCCGACAGAGGCAGAACCGUGCGCUGCAGCAGCUGGAAAAACAAAGGCUAAUGUCAAUAGUUCCACAGGACCUUUGUCCCAAAGGUCUGUUAACCAUCCCCUGGCUUCGAGUGAUGUGGACUGCGCGCUGGAUUUGUCUUUCAAGCCCGUGCCGGGGAGAGAUUCCUUACACCCCUCCUAUGUCUUUGGACAGCUGGCUUCCGACAGCCAGCAGCAGGGUACCGAGCCACUUGUUAAAGAUGAACAAGACUUGCUGUCAGAUCAGGAGGACGGCGAAGCCAGGAGUCCGGAGAGUCAGCAUUUUGGGAAUUCAGCCAAAAGCCUAGUGACAGGGUUAGGACACAUGUUCGCGGGGAAUGGCAGCUCUCAUGCCCGAGAGGAGGAUAUAGAUCAAGAGCGAGACGAGAGCGAGGACGACAUGGAUUCGUCGGACAUCUCCUCCUCAGGCGUCCUCGUGCCUCCUGGGCAUAUCUGCAUUUGCCCCCUCUGUAGCAAGGUGUUCCCGAGCCCGCACAUCCUUCAGCUGCACCUGAGCUCUCACUUCCGUGACAAGGAUGGCUCCCGGACCCGCCUGUCCCCUGACGGGUCCGUCCCCACUUGCACCCUCUGCGGAAAGACUUUUUCUUGCAUGUACACGUUAAAGAGGCAUGAGAGGACUCACUCCGGGGAGAAGCCCUACACCUGUGGCCAGUGCGGCAAGAGCUUCCAGUAUUCCCACAACCUCAGCCGCCACGCCGUCGUGCACACCAGGGAGAAACCCCACGGGUGCAAGUGGUGCGAGAGACGGUUCACGCAGUCUGGGGAUUUGUACAGACAUAUCCGCAAAUUUCAUUGUGGCCUUGUAAAGUCCUUGGUUGUUUGAGAGGCGUGAUUUUUUUUUUUUUUUUUUUUUUUGAAUCCUCCCCCCCUUCUGGAAAAAAAACCCCAGGAAAAAAGAGGCAGCAUCUGAAUUACUGUUUCCCGCACCCCCCUUAUUUUAUUUUGGUGAUACUUCAGGUGUAUGAUCUUUAAAAGAUGCAGAGGUGUACACUCCAGAGGCCUUUUAAUGCAAUCCUUCCACUUCUCCAUCUCCCCCCUUCCCCUGCCACCCUCCCUUUCCAGUACUGUCCUUUAGGUCUUCUCUUGCGCACCCAUGUUACAUUAUUAAUGUGAAAUGAUCUAAGUAAUUCUGCAAUGAUUUAGCAUCUGUUUUCAUGCUGGAAGUACUUGCUUCGUGGUCAGGCUUUUUUGGUUGGUCGGUUGGGGUUGUUUUUUUUUUUUUUGUUUAGUUUGAAAAAAAGAUUAUCAGCAAAUUCCGGAGAAAAAUUUGGAUUCCAUUAAGCUCUCCUAAUGCUCUCUGCGUGUUGCAUAGAAACAUCUGAAGAGAUGAACUAUGAUUUAAAUACAUUUAAGGGUAGAGAAAGUUGUCCGCAUAUCGCAGAGUAAGCGGAUGUACUCAUGUUUUAUAGAGCUAGAUGAGACCUUAAAUCGGCCCAAAUUAUAUGGGGGUUUGAGAAUUCCUGGCUACAUCUUUGGUGCUGGUCACAUUUGAUUCUCUUUAUUAUAUUGGAAUAGUUCUGUAGUCGCUCCUAAAAUCAGAAUGAGAAGUUUUUUGCCUUGGGACUGGACUGAAAUUUCCCCCUCCCACCCGUCCCCCUCCCCAGGCUGACCUCCUUGAAAAGCUGCUUUUGAGCGUAAAACAUGGAUGGAAAAACUCUUUUCGAUCUGCAGCGUAUCCAUUCCCGAACUGUUGAAGGAUGCACGCUAGGACAUAUGAAUAAAAAAAUCAUAGGAUGUGCGAAUAUUUGCAUUCCUGUAUUGACCCCCGGGGGCUGAUGGCGUGCCCCCCGCUGGGACAGCACCCCCAAAGCGGCUAAAUAACCCUUCCAGGUGUCAGGUCCUGGGGUUUCUUAGUUCAAGGCAGCUCGUACCGUGGGUGUUAGGAGAUGCCCUGCUAUCUUGUCCGAAAAGUUUGCUGCUAUGCUAAAAUCAGCAGUGUGGGAUUUUUUAUGAAGUCACUGAUUCCCUCAGAGCCAAAUUCUGUGCAAUCCCUGGUGUUUUGAAGGGGCAGUUUGAAGAUUCCGCCCCCCCCAUGUCCCACCUUUUUGGGGAGGUUUGUGGGGUAUUUUUAGGCUUUUUGGUUUUUUUUCAUUUGUUUGUAAACUGAGGCUGCCUGUAAUUAUAACCAGUUUUACUCCAAAUAACUCAAUUACUUGCCUAAUAGAGCAUCCUUUGGUCUGUGCAUGUCAGUAAAUAUCAGAUUAUUCCCUUCCAGUCAAAUUACCCAUUCAAGGUACAUGUAUACGGGACUGAAAUAUAAUAAUACCUGAGGGUUUUGAAUGUUGUUCUGCUGCAUUAGCGUUGCUUCACCAGCUUUCCUGACACUCCUGGAGUUGUUUUGUGAAACUUGAGCAUUUAUGUAAAAUUCAUUUGAAGCACUGAGUUAGAUUGUUUCGGAAAGUUGUGCUUAAAAUGCUGUAUUUCAUCUUAAGAAGAAAAAAUUUCCCAAUGCCUUCCCCCUCUGGUCCCAAACCUGAGCACUACCUACGUAAAUAAUACGGGAUUUUUUUUUUUUUGGUUGCUUUUUAAAUAAGUACUUCCUUUUUUAAAGAAAAUCAGGAUAUACUUGUUACAGCCUCCUUUUAUUAUUCAUCUCUUAAACUAUGAAUGUACAUGUAAUGUGAAAUUUUGCUUCUAUUUAUAGUUUUGGGUUUUGUUUUCAGUCGAAUUUCUUGACUGUAAAAUAUUUUUGCUGAACCUGUUACAUAUGAAAGUUGUGGGAGAGUACUGUAUUUUGAACAUAAGUGGCUUUGGUACUGUGGUCUUAUCCUACUUAAUCAUUUUUUGUUUGGUUUUUUUUUUUUUUGCUGUGAUUGGAAAUAGCACUGAACAAAAUCUACUAAAAUUAAGUUAUUUUUCUUUCUACUAAAAUUAAGUUAUUUUUUUUCUCCUGAAGAUACUUGAUAUAGUAUUUAUUAGAUUUUUUUUUUGAAGUGGAAUUAUUACUGUUAAUCUAUUUCAAAACUAGUUAAUUUACACUUCACUUUAAAUUUCAUAACAAUGGGUUUUGCAUGUUGAACAACAUGUAAAGAGUUUAAUGUAGAGUCAGCAUUACUUAAGCUGGUAAUCUUAAUUUUGCAUUCUUGUGACACUUUUUUUUGCAUUUCAGUCUUCAGUUGUUUUUUGUUGGUUGUUUUUUUUUUAAGAUCGUAAAAUAGUAUGUGCCAUAAGAACAUCAUGAGCGUAUGGAGCAGGGAAAACUUGAAACAAAUUUGUGUCUGAUCUUAGUGUAGAAAUAAAUCAUGAAACUGAUGCUAUGAGCAUGCUCUGUACUGCAGUGAAUAUGGGGCAAAGGUUUUUUUUUUAUAAAAAAAAAAAAGAGAAAAAAGACUUUCUCAUUCUUGACUACAUCACGAACACACUGUUCUCAUAGUCUGGUAUUUGUGUUCCCACUCCUCAUAGCUUGAAUUUCUAAAGUAAAAAAAAAAAAAAAUGUUUGCACUUAUUUUUGUUCUUAAGGUGACUUUUUUUGGCUAUCUGUCUGUGUGUGUCUCUUAUUUUUAAGUUGCAAUAGCUUGGAGCAUGUUUUCAAAAUGGUUCACAACUCUACAGAGAAGUACUAAAACCAUGGCACACUUAACGCUCGGCUCUUCAUAAACUGUUUCACCGUGGGGUGGUGGCUGUCUCUGUAGGGAACAGAUCUGCUCCACAUUUUAAACACUGGAUUUGUCUUCUACAAACAAAUACUGUGAAGUUAAUGUAAAAAAAAAAAUCAUUGAUAUUUUUAAUUGUUUUUAAUCUUGGUGCAGUUCAGAUUAAAUAUGUAUAUUUAAAGACACUAAUUUUUGUGGGAGAGUUUUAUAGUAUACAGUAUGUAGAAAAGCUAUUGGAAUGGAAUAUAUUUUAUAAAAACGUUCUAUCACUGUUUUAUAGUGAACUAUUUUUUCUUCAGUGUUAGUGUAAUACUGUUAGUCUAGAUACGACAAUCGCAGGAAGAGUGAUUCAAGCUACUGUUAGCGCUUAGUUUUGCGUGGAGUUCUGUUUGCAACUGUAUUGGUAUGUGCUGUACAAUGUGACAAUCGUGACUAGGAUUGUUGUCUUUAUAAAUUUACACAAAAUAAAAUGUGCUAGAGUUGUAA